AUAGCGCGAUUGUGUUGUCUCCGUCCGAUUGGACAGACGCAUCCAGCGCGGCGUCACACAGUAGAGAUUUCCACACUGUACGCUCAAAACAUCAGCAAACAUGUCGUCUUUGUAUAAACCGUUUUCUGUUUCGGAAGGGCCGUGCAAAGAUGCGAUACUGAGACGAGGAUGCGCGCCGCUACAGCAUCCUGCGGCGCCGACCCGGAUUCCCUCCGCUGGCGGGGGCUCGAAGCGCACUUUUACCCCAAUUCCCAACAUUUAUCCGGGCCAAAGGACUCUAGCGGCCGCUGCUAUAGGAGGGAGAAAGAUCACGCAUCCGUGGAAGGCUAUUUUCGCAGGUGGCAUUGCAGGAGGCAUUGAGAUCUGCAUCACAUUCCCCACGGAGUAUGUGAAGACCCAGCUACAGUUAGAUGAGCGAGCUAAUCCCCCUCGAUACAGAGGCAUUGGUGACUGUGUUAAGCUGACGGUGCAGGAUCAUGGCUUGAGAGGUCUGUACAGAGGGCUUAGUUCACUGCUUUACGGGUCCAUCCCAAAAUCUGCAGUACGGUUUGGAACAUUCGAGGUUUUGAGUAACCCGAUGCGGGACGCUACGGGUCGGCUUGAUAAUAAAGCAAGUUUGCUGUGUGGACUUGGAGCGGGAAUUGCAGAGGCGGUGUUGGUGGUUUGUCCAAUGGAAACAGUCAAGGUGAAGUUCAUUCAUGACCAGUGCUCUCUGAGGCCACGUUACCGAGGGUUUUUUCAUGGUGUACGGGAAAUCAUUAGAGAUCAAGGUGUACGAGGGACGUAUCAGGGACUGACUGCUACACUUCUGAAGCAGGGUAGCAACCAAGCAAUACGGUUUUAUGUUAUGAAUUUGUUGCGGAAUUGGUACAAAGGUGAUGACCCUGCUCGUGACAUGCACCCACUGGUUACAGCCAUGUUUGGAGCAACAGCAGGGGCAGCGAGUGUUUUUGGGAACACGCCACUUGAUGUGGUGAAGACUCGAAUGCAGGGAUUGGAGGCUCAUCGCUACAAGAGCACGAUGGAUUGUGCAUUCCAGAUUUUAAAGAAUGAAGGCCCGUUAGCGUUCUACAAAGGCACAGUUCCUCGACUAGGCCGAGUGUGUUUAGACGUGGCCAUUGUCUUUGUUCUGUACGAGGAGGUUGUGAAGCUACUCAACAACGUCUGGAGAACAGACUGAAGAUGAACAAGUGCGCAGACAGAGACUGAACUAUCCAAACACAGUUGGCCACGUCAGUCAAGUCUAAGAUCCAGACUUUGAACCGUGACCUCUGGCCCAGUGGAUUUAAUCCAUCCAUCUGUGUCUGUAUAGUUGAAGCCAGGAUCUUGAGCCAUGAGAACGAACCAUGUAGCCUACACUAUAUUUAUUUGCGCACAAAAACAUAUGGAGCGUGUCAUCAGUUUGCACUCGUCAAUACAAUCGUGCAAGUGUCUUCUUUCUCACCACCAUGCUUUUAUAGAGGAUGUCGUGAGAUAGUUGAUGUAUGUGGCAUGAAAACUAGCACAACCAAAUACGCAGAUGUAUUAAUGUAACGCACAUGUUCCUUUGUCUUAGUUUACACUGGAAACUAUGGUAUUGUGCUUUGAUAUAUCUUGAUGUUGUUACACAUCUCAUGCCCAGACAUUCGUGUCGAUAUAAAAGUUGCAUGCGCGAAUGGUAUCAUCAAGACAAGGCCAGAUUUAUGUUUUGUCUUCCUUGUUUUAUAAAAUGCAAAUGGCAGCUUUUUUUUUUUUUGGUAGCUUAAUUUUUUAUAAGCUUUUUAUGUCCUUGAUUUCGCAGAAAGGAUGCCUAUUCUGUACUAGUUGCGCUACUUUUGUCUGUGUCUGAUAUGUACGCUUCAAGACUGAAUACAUCACACAGAUUCAAUAAACCAAAUAGGUUCAGCGUCUCAUCUUA